UUCUCAGCAGACCAUCUCCUCUUCUACAGAGAACGCAAACGUCAAGACAUCUUGUGUACAUCAUGUUACGUCCAAUCUAUACCACUCAGUCUUGGGUAUCCCAACGCGGCCGUAUUACCUUUGCCAGCUCAAACUUAGAGGAGUUUAACCCACCUGAGUAUGAGGCUUUGGAAGGCGUGACACCGAGAGCACCAACAACACAAGCUCUCUCAGUACUGAAUGUUGAUAUGCGUGUGACGGACAACAAGAAAGCGCACAACACCAGCAAGUACAAGAACACCUGCCUCAUUGUGCGCAGGAAUAAAGAGUUCAUCAUCAACAUCAGGUAUAGCCGACCCUUCAAUAACCAGCAGGACAACGUCCAGAUCGAGUUCAUGAUUGGCAGUUCACCUGAUGAAAACAAGGGUACCUACAUCACUGUGUCCAUUGGAAGAGAGAAACGUGACAGGCGCUGGAAGAGUCGCAUGAUUGGCAUGCAAGGCAAUGAUGUGGCAGUGGGCAUAACACCUGACGCCAACUGCAUCAUUGGCCGCUUCCGCACCUUUGUAACAGUGAUAACUGAUAUGGGAAAACAGCGCACUCCAAGUAACCCCAAAACUGAUUUCUAUGUGUUGUUCAAUCCUUGGGACCCCGCGGAUCCAGUGUAUGUGUCCAGAGAUAACGAUAGACAGGAGUAUGUGAUGAAUGAUGUGGGGAUCAUCUACAAUGGAGAAUUCAACAACGUAACCUCCCGUUCAUGGAACUACGGCCAGUUUGAACAAGGGGUUCUGGAUGCCUGUCUUUUGGUUCUGGAUGCUGGGAAAGUUCCUCUGAUGUACCGUGGAAAUGCCAUUGAAUUAGUUCGGCAGGGAUCAGCCCUGAUAAACGCCCAAAACGACAAUGGUGUCCUGGUUGGAAAGUGGAGUGGUGAUUACUCCAUUGGCACGGCACCCACUGCCUGGACAGGAAGUCCUGAAAUCCUGCUCAAAUAUGCCAGAGACGGCUGUGUGCCUGUGUGCUUUGCUCAGUGCUGGGUGUUUGCCGGUGUGCUGAACACUUUUUUGCGUUGUCUCGGGAUCCCCACACGAGUCGUCACCAAUUACGUCUCUGCUCACGACAACACGGGCAACCUGAAGACAGACAUUAUAGUGGACGUAGAUGGGAGAAUGAGCAGAAGAGAAACGAGAGAUUCAAUCUGGAACUACCACAGCUGGAAUGAGGUGUACAUGAGGAGACCUGAUCUGCCUGAAAAAUACUCUGGCUGGCAGGUGGUCGACAGCACCCCUCAGGAGACCAGUGAAGGACUUUAUCGAUGUGGCCCAACGUCUGUCAAUGCUGUUAAAGAUGGAGAGCUCAGCUAUCCAUUUGAUGCAAGGUUUGUCUUUGCGGAGCUGAACAGUGAUGUGGUUUACCAUCAGUCUGAUAAGUACGGAAACACAAAUAUCAGCUAUGUGGACACCACGCAUGUUGGAAAGCUCAUUGUCACCAAAAGCGUAAACAGUAACAACUAUGAGGACAUCACUUCUACCUAUAAAUACCCAGAAGGUAGUGACAAGGAUAGGCAGGCCAUGCAGAUGGCAGUGCGCCGUGGCGUUCCUUCCAGGGAUUACACGCAUCUCGAUGAAACAGGUGUGGAGAUCGAGCUCCAGGUCGGCAACAUCAAAAUGGGUGAAAACUUCCAGCUGACAUUAUACAUUAAGAACCAGGACAGCCAAAUGUGCACCCUCAGUUUCACCAUCACUGGCUGUGUGGCAUACUACACAGGCGUCACCAGCUCAACCUUUAUGCUUGACAACAAAACUGCAACAUUGGAUGCCUGGCAAACCACGGAAGUGAUGAUCGAUGUCAAAGCUUCAGAGUACAUGCCCUACCUGGUGGAACAGUCCAACUUGCUCUUUUUGGUGUUUGGACGCGUUCAGGAAACUAGCGCGGGCGUUAUGGCAAUGAAAGUUGUCGCCCUCCGUCCUCCUGAACUCACAAUUACGGUGACUGGAACACCCCAGGUCGGCAAGGAUUUCAUGGUCACCGUGUCGUUCCAAAAUCCCUUUAACUUCAUCCUGAAAAACGUUCAGCUGCGCCUAGAAAGCCCUGGUCUGAUUUCAACCAAAGUGAAAACAUACGAUCAGAUCGCACCUGGGGGCACACUGCAAUAUAAAGACACGAUCACCCCUGAGUCUGCUGGGACGAAGGUGCUGAUAGCGUGUCUGGACUGCGUUGCAGUGAGGCAGGUCACCAGUGAGCUGGAAAUCUUUGUGCAGUAAUGGAUAACGGAGUUCCACGAGGGAACCAGAGAGAAAAGAGAGAAAAAGGGUUUCCAUUACCAUUUUGCUGAAUUGCUUUGCUUUCUUCACAAAUAUUAUUGAAAUACAAGCUAGUGUUAAUUUUUUUUUUCUUUACACCCACGCCUUCCAACACUGAGUUGUUAAAAACACAGAGUGUUUUCAACAUUUUUACCAAAAAGUUUUCAUUUGUAAACUCAUUUAACUCUACAAAAUACACACAAUCAAACAUUAAGUGCCGAUACAGCAUGCACAGUCACUCUCAACCUGUCUGGGAUACAUUCUGAUUAGCAAAGUGCGGAUGCAAGAAAUCAUGCAGUUAUCAGGAUAAGUUGUAAAUUGGGACUGGGAGGAAGAGUGGAAAAAGCAGGAGAAUGUUGGCAGGUAUGCACUUGAAGGAUAAUGUUUUUGUGGGUGUGCAAAAUGUUCAAUGCUCACAGAAAAAUAUGACCUACAUAAACCAGAAACAGCAAUGUGAGAAGUGCAUGUUGUGUACUCAUACACACAGAAGUCUGAAUGUAUGACAAACUUAAAUCUAUGAAAUAACAAAGGUCUAUUAAAAUUUAAGAAGUGAAUGUAAAAGAUUUUCUGAAAUUACACAUAAAUCUAAAUGACAUGACUGUUGUUUUGGUUGGGUGCCUUAAUUAAAAUGUAUUAAACAUGUAUUAAUUAACUGUAUUAAUCGGAGUGUAUUAAUCAGAAUAUGUUGCAUAUUUUAUCUGCUAAAAUGCCACUGACCGUGUUUUACUAAUAUAAACUAACAAUAAAACUUCAGAAUGAAAGCAA